AUGCAUCGCUUCGCUGGAAACCUGCCCAGUGUAACCAUCCAUCGUAAAGAUGCUAAUCCAGAUGAUAUUCAGUUCUUUAUUGAUGAGCUGCCUGUUUCUAUCAAAGGUAAGACUGGGUGAUAAAACUUAGCAAAUUUAAUUAGUUAUCAGUUGUUUCUCCAAACCUUAGCAAAUGGAAAUACAGAAUUAAAUAUACAUGUAAGGCAUCAUUCUCUCUUGUGUAAGGUUAAAAAUUAAGUAACCAAUAAAAUAACAAAGAAUGUAAAGGCACGAUACAAAAUUACAACUCUUACAAUAAAUCACGUGGUAAAUAGAAAGGAGAGGCGAAGGGUAUGUCUAGGUAAACUAAUACUGUGCCUCUUUAAAAACUUACGUAUAAACAAAAAACUUGUAGUCUUUAAUAGAAAAGUAAACUUAGCAAAUUCUGAAGACAACAGACCACAAACUUUAAGGGAAUAGACCGCAAAUAAUUGUUGUUGCGUGUGAAAUUCUCUGCACAUUUUAGGAGGAGCCACCCACAAUGUGAGCACAGUUACUGACUCUAUAAAUUAGUAAGGAAAAACAGUGAGAUUUAGCUAGAAACGGAUCCAAAUUUUGGUUCAAACUAGAGACGAAUAUAGUAUCGUUGUGUUAAUUCGGUGUUUAGAGGAAUCACACUUUUUGCGCUUAUAACUCUUUGCAGCACAAUUGAAAAUGCAAGAUCUACGAGAGGAAAAUCUGAAAACGCAAUUACGGGAACUGCAGACACAGGAGGGAAACUGGCCAGAGCAGAUGAGGAAGAUGAGGCAACGCGAAGAGAAUUCACAAAGGCAGUUAACGGAGAUGCAGAAAAGUGUGGAAAAUUCACAAAGGCAAUUAACAGAAAUGCAGCAACAAGAAGAAAAUCAAUAAAGCAGUUAGAGGAGAUGCAACAUCGCGCAGAAAACUCUCAAAGGCAGUUAUGGGAAAUGCAGGAACGAGAGGAAAAUUCUCUAAGGCAGUUAAGAGAGACGCAGGAACGAGAGGGAAAUUCACAGAGGCAUUUGAGAGAGAUACAGCAACGAGAAGAAAAUUCACAAAGGCAUUUCAGAGAGAUACAGCAACGAGAAGAAAAUUCACAAAGGCAGUUGAGAGAGAUACAGCAACGAGAAGAAAAUUCACAAAGGCAGUUGAGAGAGAUACAGGAACGAGAAGAAAAUUCACAAAGGCAGUUGAGAGAGAUGCAGCAACGAGAAGAAAAUUCACAAAGGCAGUUGAGAGAGAUACAGCAACGAGAAGAAAAUUCACAAAGGCAGUUGAGAGAGAUACAGCAACGAGAAGAAAAUUCACAAAGGCAGUUGAGAGAGAUACAGCAACGAGAAGAAAAUUCACAAAAGCAGUUGAGAGAGAUACAGCAACGAGAAGAAAAUUCACAAAGGCAGUUGAGA